AAGAUUUUGGAAUUUAGAAUAUAGAAGUAGUUGUAUUUUUUUUUUUUGUUUUCUUUUAUUUUCAUAAUUAUUUUAGAAUGGGUUUAUUAUAUCAUCCGAGAUUCUAAUGAAGUUCUUAGCUAAGACUAUCUAAAAAAAUGAGAGUAUAAAGGGUUAUUAAAGGUCAGAAAGAACAAAAACACAGCUACCCUUUUUCUUUGGUUUGGGGAAGCGAUCAAGGGAAGAAUUUUGGCUUUGGGGUUUGGUUGAGUUAGAGGAAAGGAAAGGAGUUAGGGAGAGAUCAGGAAACAAAUGGGGAGAGGUAGGGUUGAGUUGAAGAGGAUUGAGAACAAGAUCAACAGGCAAGUAACCUUUGCUAAGAGAAGGAAUGGACUUUUGAAGAAAGCCUAUGAGCUUUCCGUUCUUUGUGAUGCGGAGAUUGCUCUCAUCAUCUUCUCCAAUAGAGGAAAGCUGUACGAGUUUUGCAGUAGUUCAAGCACUAUCAAAACAUUGGAGAGGUACCAGAAGUGCAACUAUGGUGCUCCAGAGACUAAUGUGUCAACUAGGGAGGCUCUGGAGUUAAGCAGUCAGCAGGAAUACCUGAAGCUUAAAGCACGUUAUGAAGCCCUACAAAGGUCCCAAAGGAAUUUACUAGGAGAAGAUCUGGGCCCUCUAAACAGCAAAGAGCUUGAGUCGCUUGAGAAGCAGCUUGAUUCAUCAUUGAAGCAGAUCAGAUCAACGCGGACCCAAUACAUGCUGGAUCAGCUCGCUGAUCUCCAACGGAAGGAACAUCUACUAAAUGAAGCCAAUAAGACCCUAAAACAAAGGUUGAUGGAAGGCUACCAAGUAAAUUCGCUCCAGUUGAAUCCAAAUCCUGAAGAUGUCGGCUAUGGCCGACAACCAACCCAUCAGCCUCAGGAUGAUGGCUUCUUUCAUCCAUUGGAAUGCGAGCCAACAUUGCAAAUUGGAUAUCAGCAUGAUCCAAUAUCAGUUGUCACCGUGAGCCCGAGUAUGAAUAAUUAUAUGACAGGAUGGCUACCAUGAAAUAUGAAUAAGAUGAACGCAUGGAGCAAAUCAUGCAUGGUUUGCAUUCCCUCAUAACAAUGAUCAGCACAUUUUAUUAUCUGUUUGUAUGUUAUUUGAUGAAACAACUUAUGUGUAAUGGCAAGGAUUUAAUAUUAUAACUUGUCUAAUUAGGAUGCAGUACUGUAAGUAACACCUGUGUGAGCGCUCGAGCACUGCGCAUCUUUCAUUGGGCAGUUUAAUUUGUUCGAAAUAAUUGCUGUUUGUGCUUGUAAAGAGGAUUCAACCUCUGUGCAUCUGCUUAUUCUGGUUUUGCAUCAACAAACACAUGCGACCACUUUGGAGUGA